GGAAGAACCUUAGACAUCCAUUGAAUUUAAAAUUCACGUUCGCCAUUGUAUUUCCGCGGGAUUCUCAAAACCAUAUUCGAACGCCCGAGAGAGAGAGAGAGAGAGAGAGAGUGCGCGGACAAAAUUCGAACGGGCGAGGGAGAGAGAGAGUGCGUGGAUUUGCUGGCGUGUCUGGUCUGGUGGAAAAUGGCAGAAUCAACAGAGGAACUCGAGCCCCUCUUCGAUUACACUCGCGUUCAGCCUUUGGGUGUUGUCUGCCUCGACGACGAUGAUUCCCCAAUUCCUUCUCCCAAACGCAUAAAAAUCCUCAGCUCUUCAGUGGAUAAUAAGGAAGAAAAGAACGGAGAAGUAGUGAACGUUGUUGAUUGCGAAGAAGAGGAGGACGAUUGGCUACCUCCCCCACCUAAGGCUUCCGGUGACGCACAGAAGCUUGUUGAGGAUUCAACUAUAAAGGAGCUGAGGUUAAAGAAGCAGGAGCUAGUGUCAUUUACCCAAUCAGCUGAAGAUGUCUUGCGAACUGUAGAAGAGUCUGCAAAAAGGGAACUUGCUGGUUCUUUGCAGUCUUCUUUGGAAAGUGAUGGAAACAAAACCUCCAAGCCUCAUUCUGAAAGAGUAAAAAUAGUUAUUUCCAUGCAAGACAAGGAUGGACUCAAGCAAUUUCGCAUAUAUAUGGAUGACACGUUUGAACGGCUUUUCAAAAUGUAUGCAGACAAAGUUAAGUCUGACAUACAGUACCUAGUUUUUUGUUUUGAUGGGGAUAAAAUUAGUCCAACAGCAACCCCUAUUGGACUUGGAAUGGAGGAUGAUGACAUUAUUGAGGUGCAUACUAAGUCAAGCUAAUCAAGGUGUUUACUAUGUUGCUACAAAAACAAAAAAGAGAGAACAGAAAUGAUACCAUGAUGCGUUUGCACUCACUAUGAUUAAAACAACUAAUAGGUUGCUCUAUAACAGUCGCAUGCGCUUCGAUUGCUGUGUUUGUAUGACUUCACAUUUGCUUCUGCUUUGACCUAGAUUCUGCUUCAGCUGUGGCAUUCAACCAGCGUUCUGUUGCUUUUGUGGGAGUUAAUCUUGCUUAAGUUGAAUUCCUAUUAGGCCUUCCCAAAAAUUGUUACUCGUUGGCAAGUGUGUCAUUUUUCCCUUUGUUGUACAGUGUUUUUUUUUUUUUUGUCCAAUUUCUGAGCAUGUUUGUAACAAUUCCUUUGCUUUAAGAAGCAUGCAGCUUCAUAAGCAUAGCUGUUUGUAAAACAUCUCUUUCACUUAAUUGUUUUAAAGGAUUGUCUUUAAAUUUUGGUUGGUGGAUACGGACUUACUAGUGGCUGUAAUAUUUUUGUGCAAGUAAGAAGCCUAAUUUUACCUUGGCA